AUGCAGCUGGACAAGGGGUCCCUGGACCUGGUGCUGGUGCCAUGCGGGCUGGUGGUGAUGCUGAGCUACCACCUCCUCCUCCUCUACCGCAUCCUCCGGCACCCCGCCAGCACCGUGAUCGGCUACGAGAACCACAACAAGCUCGCCUGGGUGCGCCGCAUGGUGCAGCCGGCAGCGACCCCCGACGAGACGGCGCUGGCGCUGAGCGUCAUCUCCAGCAACAUCUCGGCGUCCACCAACCUGGCGUCACUGUCCAUCGCGCUGGGUUCCCUCAUCGGCGCCUGGGUCAGCAGCACCACCAAGAUGUUCAUGACGGAGCUCGUCUACGGCGACCGCAGCCAGUCCACAGCCACCGUCAAGUACAUCUCCCUGCUCGUCUGCUUCCUCGCCUCCUUCACCUGCUUCAUCCACUCCGCCAGGUACUACGUCCAGGCCAGCUUCCUCAUCACCACGCUCGACUCCGACGUGCCAGCGGCCUACGUGCAGCACGCCGUCAUCCGGGGCGGCAACUUCUGGUCCAUGGGCCUCCGGGCGCUCUACCUGGCCACCACGCUGCUCAUGUGGGUCUUCGGGCCCAUACCCAUGUUCGCCUGCUCCGUGCUCAUGGUGGCCAUCCUCCACAUGCUGGACACAAACUCCCUGCCCCUGCACCAGCACCAGUUCACAGUUAGGAAACGGCACGAGCAGAGAGCUCUCACCUCAACCAUCGCUGCGAGGCAGCAGCAGCCCAGUCCGCAGAAUCCAAUGCUCAGCAACCCAGUCUUGUCACCUGUUACAUUUUUCAGUUGA